UGUGCGGCCCAGGAAGCCAAAUGUUGUUUCACGGUCUCUCGACUUGUUCCACAACUUCCCAAAUAGUUCUCCUGCACCCUGGAGGCAGAGCCGUCAAUGGUCACUUAUAUAGAUUCUCCUGUGCCCCGGAGGCCUAGCCAUCAAUGGUCGCUAUGCGGGAGGUUUCUUGGCCUACUGGGCACCAACACACCAUCAUUACCGUCAUCACUGUCACCACCACCACCGUCACCAUCACCUUUUAAGAUUUCAGAUAAGCCAUAGCUAAUCUCUUUGGUGCUCCCUCCACCGAAUUUGAAAAGAUCUAUUAGGUGUACAUAUGUACCCCCCCCCCCCCCCCCCCCCCCCUGCAUUUCCUUUCCCGGAGGGCUGUGAGCGGCCCUGAGCACCCCAGCCUCCAGGCCUUCCCGGCAGGCUUCCGGUGCAGCCCGCUGGGAAGCACGAGCCCUGGGAGGGGCUGCACGGGUGCGUCUGGCUGCCGGGGCAGAACGGACACACAAGUGAGCUGCACGAGAGGGCCACGGGGCAGGCCGCCAGCCCCCCUACAAACAAGCCACUCACUUUCUGAGUGGGGAGCAGGCGCUCUGCUCGCGGAGCAUGCUGGGAAACUCCCAGGUCAGCGUGGCCUCCGGGCCUCUGAUGGAGGCUGCAGCUGAAUUCCAGCUGCCCCGCUUGGCUCCCUGAGUUUGGGCUCUUGUACACAGAGUGGCCUCAGGACAACACUUAGAAUAACGGAAGGACAGAUGCAGUUGGGAAGGGGUCUGUAGGGCGUUUCCAUGUGAGGCAGCCCGUCCGACAGUGACAGCUCCUUGCCUUGUGCUGUGAACCCUUUUUUCCUGCCUCUACCUUCUCCCCUGGCCGUGCACCCCUCAGCUAGGGUGCACGCGGCUGCCAGGGAGCCCGGGACAGGGCUGCCCCGGAAGCUUGCUGGGGAGGCGGGAGACGGGCGCGCAGACUUGCUUCCUGUCGCUGUGUGGCCAAGUACCAGACUUGGUGGCCUAAAAACAAACACGUUCUCUGUUCUGGAGCCCAGACAUCUAUGAUGAGUCUCCCCGGGCAGAAAUCAGGGUGUUGUCAGGGUACACACUUCUGGAGGCUCUCGGGCGAGUCUGCCCUUCUCCCUCAGGCUGGCACCUUCGGGUCCCUGCCACCUGCUCUGUGAGGGCGCUCUCCUGCUGGGACACGUGGCUUAGGGCGCUGACAGGGCACCAUAUCCCCACUUCAUGAUGCUAAUUCAAUUCUGUCUGCAAAGACAAGCCCUCCGCGUUUUUGCCACAGAAGGUGACACCCACAGGUCCCAGCAGGCCACUACAUGGGAGUCAUGGGGGCCAUUUCCCCAUCUGCCUCGAGGGCCAUGAACCAAGGGGUGCCAGGAAGGGCAGGAAAACAGAUUACCCCACAGAGCCUCCAGAAGGAGCACAGCGUGGCUGACAUCCCUGAUUUCAGCCCAGUGAAACCCGUGUCAGGCGCCUGACCGCCAGGACGCUAAGGGAAUAAAUGUGAGCAGUCUGAAGCCACUACAUUUGUGGCAUUUUGUUCAGCAGCCACAGGAACCUGGUGUAGACCUGUGAGCCCGGGGCCGGGGUGGGGCCCGAGACUCCAGGAGCACGAUGCUGGGGGGCCGGGGGGAUGGAAGACCAGCUGGAGCUUCUUCCAGCCUCCUGUGGCCCGUUUCUCAGGAGAGGUACACCUGCCCGAGCCUCGCCCUGCACCCGCGGGAGCCGGUGUUCCUGGCCCAGACCAACGGCAACUACCUGGCCCUCUUCUCCGCCGUGCGGCCGUACCGGAUGAGCAGACGGCGGCGCUACGAGGGGCACGAGGUGGAAGGCUACUCGGUGGGCUGCGAGUGCUCCCCGGACGGCGACCUGCUGGUGACGGGCAGCGCCGACGGCCGGGUCCUGCUCUACAGCUUCCGCACCGCCAGCCGGGCGCGCACGCUGCAGGGGCACGCACAGGCCUGCGUCGGCACCACCUUCCAUCCUGUGCUGCCCUCAGUCCUCGCCACCUGCUCCUGGGAGGGCGACAUUAAGAUCUGGCACUGAGCCUCCUGGUGCAGAGCCUUCCGGAUCCCCGCCAGGCCGCAGACUCCCAUUCGUCCUGGGGGCGGAGGUGGGGUGGGUGGGCGAUGUGAGUAACCACUGAGGCCGCCUCUGUGAGCAGAGCUGGGUAGAAGGGGUCUCCACCACCCUCUGAGCCUGUUUCCUCAUCUGUAAAAUGGGGACGGAGAUGUGUUUGCCUCAGGACUGUGAGGGCUGCGUUCGGUGGAAGACCUGGCAGGUUGCUGCUGAUGCUCAAUAAACAUGAGUGUUUUGCUGUU